AUGGACGCAGCCGGAGCAGCUAAGGCUGUAGCACUUGCAGACGCUGGGUUCAGCCAGCGUAGGAUUGGAAGACUGCUUGGAUAUCCAAGAACCACGAUACAAGAAUCUAUUCGGCGUUACAGAAAUACUGCGUCUGAGGCUCGUAACCGCUUGUUUGAGGUACGAAAUAUAAGUGUAAGUCUUCGAACAAUAAGAAGAAGGUUGGCUGAGAGGGAUUUCAGAGCAUAUAGACCAGCUCGAGUCCCAGAACUGGCCACAGUUCAUAGAAGAGCGAGACUUGAAUUUGCCCGAGAACACAUAAAUUGGACUUCCGAACAAUGGAAAGCUGUUCUCUUCACGGAUGAAUCGAGAAUUGCUUUACGACAUCCUGAUGGACGUCAGCGAGUGUAUAGGCGCCGUGGUGAGAGGUUUGCUGAAGGCUGUUUGGUGCAAACAGUAGGUUUCGAAGGUGGUUCGAUCAUGGUGUGGGCUGGCAUUGCUUACGACGCCCGUACAGAGUUGGUCGUCUUUGAUAGAGGCAGCGUUGAUGCUCACAGCACGACAACGCUCGUGCACACACCUCCAGAGUGGUCACCGAAUACUUGGACGACGUCAAUAUUCGACGAUUACCGUGGCCAGCUCGAAGUCCAGAUUUAAACCCUAUAGAACAUGUAUGGGACAGUCUAAAAAGACGGAUCGGGAGUCGUGUGCCAGUUCCUACGACCAUGAGUGAGCUAAAAGCUGCAGCAUUUGAGAAGUGGGAAAAUAUUCCACAAAGGGAUAUUCAAAAUAUUAUGGAUGGGCUCCCGAAUCGGUUACAGGAGGUUAUUAGGGCUAGAGGAGGAAAUACGCGAUAUUAAUGCGAUGA